CGACACAGGAAGGAAGUUCCGCAGAUCGAAGGACGACUGGUGGAGAAUCGCUGUCACGACAGGUGGUAGUGAAUGCGGUAGAGUCCCAGUCUCUAAGCUUGUUAUUGCUCAGGUUCAGACGGUAUGGAGCAGUGUGCGUGUGUGGAGCGGGAGCUGGAGAAGGUGCUCCAUAGGUUUGUCAUGUAUGGACACCAGUCAGAGGAACGGCUGGACGAACUACUACGCAGCGUCUGUGAGCUACGGGGACAGCUGGUCACAUUCGGGGUACAAGAUGCAGAUCUGUCGGUGCUGUCUCAGACGAUGGCCCAGUGCUGUAAGAACAUUAAAGAAACGGUACAGCUGCUGGCCUCCAGACACAAGGACAUCCACGGCAGUGUCUCCAAAGUCGGCAAAGCUAUCGACAGGAACUUUGAUGCAGAGGUGAGUGCAGUAGUGGCAGAGACAGUGUGGGACUCACCUGAGAGACAGAAGUACUUGAGUGAGACCAUCGUGGAACACCUGUACAGACAAGGCAUGCUGAGCGUGGCAGAAGACCUAUGUCAGGAGUCUGGAGUAGUGAUUGACAUGAGUAUGAAGCAGCCGUUCUUGGAACUCAACAGGAUCCUGGAGGCUUUGAGGAUGCAGGACCUCAGACCAGCACUAGAGUGGGCGGUAACAAACCGGCAGCGCCUGCUGGACCUGAACAGUACCCUGGAGUUCAAGCUGCACCGCCUCUACUUCAUCAGCCUGUUAAACGGAGGCAUCACCAACCAGCUGGAGGCGCUACAGUACGCCAGGCACUUCCAGCCCUUCGCCUCACAGCACCAGAGAGACAUCCAGAUCCUCAUGGGUAGUCUGGUGUACCUGCGGCACGGCAUAGAGAACUCUCCCUACCGCUCGCUGCUAGAGACCAACCAGUGGGCUGAGAUCUGUAACAGCUUCACCAGGGACGCUUGCUCUCUGCUGGGGCUUUCUGUAGAGUCACCUCUCAGUGUCAGUUUUGCGUCAGGCUGCAUGGCUCUGCCAGUCCUGAUGAACAUCAAACAGGUGAUCGAACAGAGACAAUGUAGCGGAGUCUGGACACACAAGGACGAGCUGCCUAUUGAGAUAGACCUGGGGAAGAAGUGCUGGUACCACUCUGUGUUCGCCUGUCCCAUCCUCAGGCAGCAGACGUCAGAGAGCAACCCUCCCAUGAAGCUCAUCUGUGGACACGUCAUCUCCAGAGAUGCCCUCAACAAACUCACCAACGCUGGAAAACUGAAAUGUCCCUACUGUCCCAUGGAGCAGAACCCGUCAGAUGCAAAGCAGAUCUUCUUUUGAUCUUGUUUCCUGAAACCCCCAGGCAGAGUGGAGCCCCUUGGAGCUAAAGUACCUAACUGGAGAGAGGGAGAGAGAGAGAGAGACGUUCAUUUGCAACUGCCUGCAGAACUUAUUAUUAACUUAUUUCUUUUGUGUGAUGUUGAUAGGGUAUCAAGUUGAGUUGUAGAGUUUUUGGACGACUGCUCUGUUCCUUUUUCCUUUCCUCUGUCCAUCCGUAGGCUUUCCUCAGUACACAGAAUGGCUCAGUUGAAUGGAUGUUAGAGGGGUGAUGUGACAUUAUGGUUUUUAGGAAGUUGUCUGAUUUCAGGAGAGUAUUUAAACUUCUAUAUUACAGAGGUAAAGGUAAGUGGCCUCUGAGAAAGUAUAUACACAUAUAAAUUGUAUUGAGAGGUUGUGAUGGGCUGAUAGGUGGAGGAGACCGUGGUUACAGUUUGUGAAUGGAACACUGAUUGUAAAAAAAUAAAAUACAAAAAGUUAAACAUUUCUCCUAUUGCCGAUGAUGUAAUAAAGGCCCUGAUUGGUUGAAAGUCACUAUGGGUUACAGUACAUGUAUCAGUGUGAUGAUCAACAGUUGUGAUCGAUGGAGAGGUCGAGGGUCAAUUGGCUGAUUGAUUUUGCGACUGGCUCCAAUAACAAUUUUCCUGAAGAAGGAAGCCAUCUUUCUUGUUCUGUGUAGGCCUAUGUAUUUAACAAAAACAAAUAUACUACUGUGAACUCUGCUUUUGUUUUUAUUUAUCAUAGCUAGAAUCAAGUCUCCUGUAAAAUAGUGAAACCAUAAGUAACAUUUUAUGAAAUAUAAUUACGCCACAAAAUAGCAACAUCAGGAUUGGAUCCAUGAUCAAAUCCUUCUCCUUGGUCCAAACUGAUAGCUCCCAGCCCAUGAAAUGGUGAUGUCAGCAAGGUCUUUACCAGCAUCUCUUUAACAGCCAAUAUAUCAACUCUGCACUGAUCUCCAGUCAGAAUAAAUGAUAGUAGCAA